AUGGAAAUUGAAAUAGAAAGCGUUAUAAGGUUUAGUGAGGUUGGUGUUGGUGAUUGUGGCAGUGGAGUUAAGUUUCGGAGUAAAGUCCAUAUGGAGGAGGAUAUAGAAGACGUAGAUGAUGCAGGUAGUUGUGCACUUGACAUGGAUGUUAGGUAUUUAUCCCCACCGGAAACAAUUCAUACGACUCACACUGUGGUUGGUAGCAACGAAAUAGCUGUAGUUGUUGAGGAGCCUAAGGAAGGGAUGGUUUUCCAGUGUUGGCAACAGGUUGAAGCCUACUAUAAGGAUUAUGCUGAGCAGAUGGGGUUUGGAGUGAAAAGGGCUCAAGGUGUAAAUUCUAAGACGGGGGACCCAAAAAAAAUCAAAGUCACGUGGAAGUGUGAGUGUUGGGGAAAACCCGACAUGAGGGCUAGGAGAGAAGCGAAGAAGAGGGCAAAGGCAAUGAGUCAUGGAGGUUCAGGUGGUUUAGUUGAUGGGGUGGUAUGUGAGGAUGAAUUAAGUGGUAUGAAGAGGACUUGGAAAAAGUGCGAAUGUCAGGCCCGUGCUUAUGCUAAAGUUAACGAAGAUGGCUUGUGGGAGUUGAAGAGCGUGGAACUAAAGCAUAAUCACGCGAUUGAUCCGGAAAAUUAUAAGCUUGUUAAGGAGUACCGCAUGAGGAAAAUGACCUGCAAAGCGAAGAAGACGUUGACAGAUUUGUACGAGCACGGUGUACCAAUUUCUCAAAUACACGGUUUCAUGGCGACCGAACGGAAGGGUAACAUGGAUCUGACGUUAAAAGAUUUACAACAUGAGGUGUACAAGGCUAGGCGGUUGAAGAUGGUUGGAGGGGACUCGGUGGAAAUGAUGGAGUACUUUGACAAAAUGCAAACCAAGAACCAAAAUUUUUUCCAUGCUCAACGUUUGGAUAAAGAAGGGAGGCUUAAGGAUGUGUUGUGGGUGGAUGCAAGAAGUAGGGUAGCUUAUGAGGACUUUGGUGAUGCGGUUUGCUUCGACGCAACAUACCUAACGAAUGAGUACAAGCUCCCGUUUGCGAACUUUGUUGGUGUGAACCACCAUGGGCAAUCCUUGUUGUUGGGAUGUGCUCUUGUUUCACAUGAAGACUGCAAUACGUUUGCGUGGAUAUUUCGACAGUAG